UUAAUCCACUGCUCACUGAUCUCAUUCCUCCUGUGCAAGCUCCUUAAAUUGCUCAGUCGUACAGCACAAAGCUGCACAGACUCCUACCUGUUGGGUGAGAGAAAACGGAUCCCGCAGUUCAAUCCAAACCAACUGAUUGCAGGAUGAAGAAUUUCCUUCUCCUUGGGCUUGUCAGCUGCAUUAUUCUACCUGGACUGGUCCAUGGAGGUUUAUUGGGCAAGUCGCUAGUUUUCUCGACUCAAACCGACAGUAUUUAUGUGAAGUUGCUGCCUAAUGAAUUCUCCCAGCUCUCGGCGUUCACUCUCUGCCUGAGGGCUGCCUCAGAGGCGAAGCGAGGCUACAGCUUGUUGUCCUAUGCCACAGCGACUAAGGACAAUGAGUUGCUGCUCUGGCACAAUGAGGACACCAGGCUGUCCCUUUACUUUGGCAGCAACAUAUUCUAUUUUGCCCUCCCAGAGACCGAUGCUCUGCUGAGACACAUCUGCGUGAGCUGGGAGUCCUCAACUGGAUUCAUCACCUUCUGGCUCAAUGGAGUCCGGAGUCUUCAGAAAGUUGGGAACAGCGGUGCGGUGGUCCGAGGUGGGGGCACGUUUAUCCUGGGUCAGGAACAGGAUCAGGUGGAGGGCAAGUUUGACAGCAAGCAGAGUUUCGUGGGAGAGCUGACAGACGUCCACUUGUGGGACCAUGUCCUGUCAGCAAACGACAUCAAGGCGCUCAGUCAAGGGUGUCACAGCGCUGGGGGUAACAUCAUCAACUGGGACACAGUGCUAUACGAGAGCAGGGGGAAUGUGAAUGUGGAGGAUAAUCACGAUUGUAGCUUCUAAAAAAUUGGGACUGGUUUGGAUUUGAUGGGAGCAUUCACAUGCUGACUCUCCUACGGGCACUCCUGUAAAUGGACACAAGUGCAGAAACACACACAGACCUCAAAGUUUGGGAGAAGAUUUGUAGCUUGGUUGCUCUUUGUUGUGGUUCUGUUCGCCGAGCUGGGAA